AUGUUUGGUAGGGCUUUGACAGGAAACGUGAAGCGAACAAAAGGAACGAACAUGCUGAACGCGGCCGAGCUAAACGCCGUGGUGCAAAGUGGGGUGGGGGAUGGCGUGCAGCUUGCGAUUUUGCUGGAGACCAACGGCACCGUCCUCAGCUCCGCCUUUGCGUGCUCGAAGAAGGAGCGCGAGGAGGCCUACGCGCGGGUGGUGGCCGCCGCGAUAAACAUCUGGCGAUUGUACGGGCGGAACGACCUCACCAUCAACCAAAUCUCCCUCGAGGAGGAGUCCAACGCGCUGGAGCAGGUGUUGAUGGAUUGGGGGGAGCAGAAACUCUGCGCGAUGGCGGUGGCCGACAAGGCGAUUAUUUGUUUGCUCGCCAACGACGCCGCGGUGCAGGUCGGGCGGCUGAAGGUCAAAACCAUGCAGCUCCAGCGCGAGUUGGACGCCAUUUUACGCCCGGUUAUGGUGGAAUCCCGAACCUAA